CAAAUCGGGAGGACAGAAGAUGGACGCGGCGUGUGGCUGAAAUAAACUCUAAUAAAGAGAAUAAACUAAGCAUGCUUCUCCGGAGACUCGCGGUACGGAGCAUCUAGCCAGUUUAUGACCGCUAGAUAGGUUCUCUGCAGCGGACUGUCGGUCUGAGCUGCACCAGGACUUGACCUCUGUAUUCUGACCCUUGACCCUACCGUUGCAAUGGCGUCAGAACUGGGGUCACCGCAGCGUUUCUUCCACAUGCCGCGCUUCCAGCAUCAGGCGCCACGGCAAGUUUUCUACAAACGGCCCGACUUUGCUCAGCAGCAGGCCAUGCAACAGCUCACCUUUGAUGGCAAGCGUAUGAGGAAAGCCGUUAACCGCAAGACCAUUGACUACAACCCCUCCGUCAUCCGUUACCUCGAGAACCGACUAUGGCAGCGCGACCACAGGGACCAGAGGGCCAUUCAGCCAGACGCUGCCUGCUACAACGACCUCGUGCCUCCUCUGGGCAUGCUCCGUAACCCCAUGAACGCCGUCACCACUAAGUUUGUCCGAACAUCCACCAAUAAAGUCAAGUGUCCCGUGUUUGUCAUCAGGUGGACCCCUGAGGGCAGGCGUCUGGUCACAGGAGCGUCCAGUGGAGAAUUCACUCUGUGGAACGGACUUACCUUCAACUUUGAGACCAUCCUCCAGGCCCACGACAGCUCGGUUCGUGCCAUGACCUGGUCCCAUAACGACAUGUGGAUGCUGACGGCAGAUAACAAUGGCUACGUGAAGUACUGGCAGAGCAACAUGAACAACGUCAAGAUGUUCCAGGCUCACAAAGAGGCCAUCCGGGAAGCCAGUUUCUCUCCAACUGACAACAAGUUCGCCACCUGCUCCGACGACGGCACUGUUCGUAUCUGGGACUUCCUGCGCUGCCACGAAGAGCGUAUUCUACGAGGGCACGGAGCAGAUGUGAAGUGUGUGGACUGGCAUCCCACUAAAGGCCUGGUGGUGUCAGGCAGCAAAGACUCCCAACAACCAAUCAAGUUCUGGGACCCCAAAACCGGACAGAGCCUGGCCACACUUCACGCUCAUAAGAACACGGUGAUGGAGGUGAAGUGGAACCUGAAUGGGAACUGGCUCCUGACAGCAUCCAGAGAUCACCUGUGCAAACUGUACGAUCUGCGCAACCUGAAGGAGGAGCUGCAGGUGUUUAGAGGGCACAAAAAGGAGGCCACAGCUGUGGCGUGGCAUCCGGUGCACGAGGGUCUGUUCGCUAGUGGAGGCUCAGACGGCUCUCUACUCUUCUGGCACACGGGGGUGGAGAAGGAAGUGGGGGGGAUGGAGAUGGCUCAUGAGGGAAUGAUCUGGAGUCUGGCCUGGCACCCACUGGGACACAUCCUGUGCUCCGGCUCCAACGACCACACCAGUAAGUUCUGGACCAGGAACCGUCCCGGGGAUAAGAUGAGGGAUCGGUACAACCUGAACCUGCUGCCAGGAAUGUCUGAGGAUGGGCUGGAGUAUGAUGACCUGGAGCCCAACAGCAUCGCCUCCAUCCCAGGAAUGGGCCUCCCCGAGCAGCUGAAGGCCGCGCUGGAGCAGGAGCAGAAUAAGGAGGCAUCUCCAGACAUGGAGAUGUCGAUCCCGGGUCUGGACUGGGGAAUGGAUGAGGUCAUGAGCAAAGACUCCAAGAAAGUCCCUCAGAAGAAGGUUCCAUAUGCCAAACCCAUCCCAGCGCAGUUCCAACAGGCGUGGGCAGAGAACAAAGUCCCUCUGGCUCCUCCUUCAGAUCUGGGACCAGACCGAAAACUAGACCCGGCUCAGACCCAGAAGAGGACUCAGGCCGAGAUCGAACAGGACAUGGCCAGUCUGCAGUACACCAACCCCCAACUACUCCAGCAGAUGAAGAUGAACCCAGACAUGGGCCCUCCUCCUGGCCCCGGGGGACCUGGAGGACCUGGGGGCCCCAUGGGGCAGUUCCCCGGGGGCCCUGGACCUGGGGGUCCUCCGCCACAGGGCUUUAACCCCAACAUGGGCCCUGGGGGACCUCCCUUCAUGGGCCCCGGACAAAUGGGGCCCCCGGACAUGCAGCGCCACCCUGGGCCCCCCAGGAACAUGGGGCCUCAGGGGCCUCAUGGUAUGGGCCCCCCAAGGGGCAUGAUGGGCCCUCCUCCCCGGGGGAUGGGACCCCACGACCCCCAGAUGGGCCCAAACAUGAUGGGACCCCCCAGGAACCAUGGCCCCAACAACUUCAUGCAGGGACCCCCAGGAAACAUGGGCCCCCAGGGGCCCUUCAUGCACCAGGGCCAGAACUCGGGUCCUAUGAUGCACGGCAUGGGCCCUCAGGGGCCUCAAGGGCCUCAGGGACCUAUGGGGCCUAACAAAGACCCCCGAGGGCCUGGGCUCCACAUGGGUCCCCAAGAGCAGUAUUGGGACCAGGACUAUGACCCAGCACAGGACACCUGGAGGCCCCAAGGCUUUGGGGGGCGGGGCCACAGGGGAAAUGGAGGAAACUGGGGCCCUGAAAACUUCGGGGAGUUCAGGGGCCGUGGGUUCCGGGGAGGGCCUCGCGGGGGCAGAGGUGGAGGGGGCGGUUACCAGGACGAUUUCGGGGCUCCAGACGACAGCUCCGACGACAUGAACCGAGGCUGGGACAGCGGAAGAGGACGAGGACGGGGAGGGGGACUUAACAGAGGAGCAGGUCAUGAGGGCUUUCAGGGGCCCAUGAUGGACUCUCCUGGGGGCCGCUCUGGGUCACUGCAGGGUAUGGACAUGGCCUCUCUACCUCCAAGGAAGAGGCCAUGGCAGGACGGCCCCGGAACCGACCCCAUGGAAGGCCCCGAUGGAGGUCGACCGCGAGAUGAUGGAGGUUUUGGGCCUCCUCCAGGACGAGGACGCGGCUGGGGGCCCCGCUCCCGAGGAGGACCCCCCAUGAGAGGGCCCCCCAGAGGCAGGGGCCGGUAGUGUCCCGGGCCCCGGGGACUGGGGCCGAGGACUGAACAGAGACUGAUGAAAUCCAAUUGUUUGUAAAGUGACUUCUGAGUUUUGUGUAAAAUAAAUGUGUCAAUCAAGA